CGUGUCAGAAACAAGAGAAACACAGGUGAACAGACUUUGUUCCGCCCGAGAUGCCUUAGCGCUGGGCGUGCGUGCCAGUGGCGUGUGUGCCUGGUGCCCCAUGCCCAUUGAAGCAGAAGCGUUCUCACCCUGGUUGUGCUUGGCUGCGCCUCACCUCAGCUCUGAUGAUCCCAACAGUGCGUUUCCCCGCGCUGCGCCCUACGCAGUACUGCAGCUCUUUAUCGACCGGGCGCAUGCAUUGCCUGCGGCGGACCUGAAUGGCUUGUCGGAUCCCUAUGUGACCGCACAGAUCAAUGACCAAGACUUGCAGGUGCGAACCACUACGCAGAAUGGCACCUUAGCCCCGCGCUGGGGAGAAGAGUUUCACAUCCCUGUUUAUCGGCCGGAGAGCGUGCUGACCCUGUAUGUGCAUGACGAGGAUUUUGGCACGGAGAACAUCGUGGGCUUUGCUGGGUCUUUGGUCGGUCUCAGCGACGACCUGUUGGGCUGCGUAGAUAUCUCCCUGGAGCGAUUGCCCUUGAACACCAAGCUCUCGGGCUGGUUCGACCUUCACUCUGUCACGAAAGCCACCAGCUACCGCACGCGAGUGGCUCUGAGCGAGUCGGGCGAGGCACAGACUGUGGGACGCAUUCGGCUACAGCUGACUCUCCGAGUGCAGCAGCCACAGGAUGAGUUGUAUGCAUUGUGCCUGGGGCCUCCCAGCUUUGGUGAACCACUGCAGCCUUUGAACUUUGGGGAGCUCAUGACCCAUGUCUCCUCCAUCGCCCGUGUGCUGGGUCGUGUGGGCGACUUCUGCGGGCCGCUGGUGACCCGUGCCGAACGCUUCAGCAGCCUGGUCUUCGGGACGGCCAUCUUCCUCGUGUGGAGGCCUCACUUCAUACUGCCGCUCUUGAUCGUCAAGUUCUGUGUGGUCCUUCUGCUGUCGCAGCCGGUGCCCACAGAGGUGUCCGAGAGCGCGGUGAGCGAUCCAAAGCUCCAGCAGGUCUUCAAGGCAGCAGAGGUGGGCCUAGCUGCGCAGCAGUACACGGAAAUCUCCAUGGCGCAGAAUCAGCUGGGCACUUGUGUUUCAACUCUCCAUGACCUGCAAGAGACCUGGGCGAAAGCUGUAGCACACAAGCGUGCAGUGAGCUUUGCUUUGGGCCUCGUCGCGUUGGCGUUGGUCCACUUCAGAGAGUGGCAGGGCUUCGUGCUUCGCACACUAUUGACCAUCAUGUUAGCCUUCUUUCUGGCGCAGAACUCCUGUGUGGCUCGCGUGCUGAGGGCGCUGUAUAUCUACAAGUACAAGGAUACCUCCGCCACGGCAUGCUUAGGCAUGGGAGUGACCCUGGAAGCUAUAAAUCUUCGGAGCGACUUGAAACGCUCCGGCACUUGCGUUUUGACUCCGGGCGGGGCGGCCUCCUUGAGCAACAGCUCUCAGGUGUCCUCGAACGUGCCCGAGAAGGUGUCGAUGCAUGUCUUGGAGGAAGAAACCUGGACGGAGCCUGCGUGGUGUCAGCACUGUGGCGGCUUCCUCUGGGGAGCUUGGAGGCAGAACGAACAGCGCUGCGCGCCAAUCGAGAACAGCCACUUUCCGCUUGCUCCGCGCGGAUCAGCGCUGAUCAGCGCUUGGCAAGGAUGGAAGUGUCGUGAUUGUGCAGUGGUCCUUUGCCACGCAUGCGCUGCGGAAUCGGACCUCGACUUCUGCGCGAAGUCUCAGUCUAAGCCGUCAUGAAUCGGCACAGGGCACAGAGGGGUACAGAGGGGCACAGAGGACGUCGAACGAGAGUGUUUCCUGACUAUCAUCCAAAUGCCAAGUGUGCUGCGGAUGAUCCAACAAGACACUGUUGACUGGCUUGACUCCACACAGAGCACGACUUCCACUAGCUUCGCAAUGUCAAUUUGCUGAACAAGACCUAAGGCUCAGUCUUCCUUGGGCAGUGCACAGGAAGGCCCUUUCAACCAACCAACACACCAGUAUGGCUAAAAGUGAGACCCUCGUCUUGUAUCCCUUCUGAC